AUGAGACAGGAAGGAUCAUCGGACACGACGUCGUCGACAACUACAAUGCCGACGAGCAGCAGCUCCAACACAAAUCCUCCUUCUGCAAGGUAUACUCCGUUUUUUUUUUCUCCAGACUUGGAAGCCGAUUUGAGCAGAUUUGCAAAGAUAACUUGUUGCGUGCGCGACGCGGCUUUUGGCGGUAAAAGAAAAAGUCAAACGCGAGCCGCUUUUUUGAUUUUUCAUCUUUUCGGAUAGUUUUUCGAUAACUUUCAUUCGUUUACGGCUAUUUUAUUUUCGGACUUUUUUUUGACAGUAUUAAGGUGUUUACGGUUUAGGAAUACAUAUUUCUUCAUAAUAUGCAGAGGUGGAAGAAAUGAGGGACCCUCCCGGGCGCAACAUGCCCGCCUCAGCCAUCAGGCCUCUGAGAAGAAGUGAAAAAUACCACGUUUCAAAAGUAGGGCGAAAAUGGUCAUUUUUGUUCAUUUUUCAUUAAAUCGUGAAUUUCGCAAUUUUUUCAAUAAUUUUUCAAUUUUUCAGUGGAUACGAUGUCCAGUUGAAUUUUUUUAUGUGAGGUACGGUUAUAAUUAGGCGCAGACUUGUUCUGCGCCAUUUGGGUUUAGGCUGGGUUGGAAAAAAAAAUGAGCGUUAUGGUAGAAUUUUCUACAAAUCAAAUAUGUUGUAGAACAUAAACAUUAAAUUUUGAAAAAUUGCGGGGGGAACCCAAAUCCUUUUGUUUCGUGGCUCCCCCACGAUGGCGACUGGGUUGUUCUUUUCUUUAGGCGAAAUACUCCAGAUUUAUGGUUACGAACCCGCUGACUAGUGAGAGAAUAAAUUUACGUCGCCACCAAAUUGGAAAUUCAAAAAACCUUUUUUUAAAGCUUCGAAAACAAAGAUUUUACAAGAUUUUAGAAGAUUCCAAUUUUGCGCGUUCUUUUUCUUCCAAUGGCGUUUUUUUGCCAUCGCGGUUUUGGCCCCGGGCGCCCUGGGCAGCGACUUAUUAAGAAAUGGCCAUGGCGGCCUACGUCGGUUUAGAAAUGUAAACGUUUGAAAACGCUUAGGGGCGCCAUUUCUCCACUUCUGAAUAAUAUGAACAGUUUCAAGUCUUGGUUUUCAAAAUGGUCGUUAAAUUUUCGUAAAUUCCCUUUUUUUAUCCAAUUUUCUAUUAUCAUCAAACUGUUUUUUUUUAAUUGUUUAUUGAACCUUCAAUCUAAAAAUACAUGUGCAAUAGGCUUUCAUUAAGUUAACUGUGUUUAAACGGCGGCAGGAACUGUGGCUUAGGCAGAGAAGUUGUGAUUUUCGCUCGUAGAACAUCAGUACAAGAGAGGUCGUAGGAAGAAGUACGGUGCCGGCUUUCCAAAGGCCGAUGACAGAGAUUGAGGUUUUUUGCUGCAUGCAGCUCUCAAUUUUAUAUACCCCGGAGGGUUGAAAGGCUUGGUCGACCUUAGGGGGACUCGAACCUACGACCUUACGGACGUUAGAUAUCAGUCUUUACCAGCUGAGCUAUGCCGCCCCCUAACAUCAUCAUCAAUCAAAAAUCAUCAAAAAAUGCACUCAAUUCUUAUGAACACUAUUCUUCAACUUAAGAUCAAAUAAAAAAGUUUUACUUUAAAUUUACUAAAAAAAUAUAACUCAAUAAAAAAAGGAAAAAUAUGCAUCCUGAAGAAGUUAAUAAUCCGAUUGAACCAACCGACUUUUUUUGCUGGAUUGAUGCGCAAAUAAGGUUUGAAACAUCAUUUUCUCAAUUAUUUUUUUUGUAAAUUAUAGCUUCUAUGAUAUAGAUUUAUUUAAAAAAACGAAAUUUUCGAGGUGAAUUAAAAUAACAAAAAAAACCUUAUAAACAAUGAACGUCUGAGAGUUUUUAACAUAUUUCCUGUUAAGAAUGGAAAACGGCGUGAAGAUUCCCGUUCUGGCCGUCGGCACGUACCAUCGGAAGCCGGCGGCGCCGAUUCUCUCCGUCGCCGAACUUGCCGCACUUCCAAAACCCACCAGCGAUGGUACGUUUUUUUUUUUCCCCGCAGCUGCUAAAGUUUUUUUUUCUUACUUUCAUACUGCGAAUUUCCCAGCUGCACCUGUUUUCGCUUCUCUUCUCUGCGCGGUGCUGUUUUUGACUAUUUAUUUUUCUUAGUUUUCGGUUCCACUUUUUGUAAUCUUCCUAGUAUACUUCUCAUUACUUUUUUCAACUAAAACGGUGUGGUAAUUAAAUGUGUGGUAAAUGUGGUAAUUUAAAAAAAAAUUACAUUACAUUUUUUUUGAGAAAAUUUAGGAAACCUUCGAAAAUUUAGGAAAGCAUUUGCGGCAAUUGAUUGAGAAGAGGUGAUUCAAUCGCACUCAUUCUUGAGAUUUGAAUAAACUGAUGUUCAGAUGCCAAAGGACAUUUGUUCUGCGCGUCCAGUUUAUUUGUUCUUUUAUUUAAAAUCUAGUCAACUAAUUCAUUUUUUUGUAGUGCCACGACUUGAAUUUCAUGGAACGACCUUCCGCUGUUCCGAUGCGUGCGCUCGCGAAGCUUCUUUCGAAUCUAGGUCACGCUUUCAAUUGAUUGUUAUUACUGUGGGAGAACAUGAAAUUAGAGUACCUUGAUAAAGGAAGAAAAAAAAAAUUAAAAGCGCGACCAAGGUUCGCAAAGGCGCGCAGCGGAACAGCGGAAUGUCUUUCCGUGAAAUUUCAAGUCGUCGCACAUAGACUAUAUCACUAUCUUGUUUUGAAAUUCUACUGCAUAAUCAGGAUGGAGGAUGAAACUCCAGUAGUCACAAAAACUCGGGCAAAGUCGGAAUGGUGGAUGGAAUGAGUAAGACUGCCGCUAAAAGGGAGAGGCUCCAAAAAGGCCGAAAGGCAGCAAAAAACAGCAAAAAGGCAGCAAAAAGAGAGCCUUCAUCACCGUAAAAGGAACAUUUCUAUGGAGCCUUCCAGCAGCCUUUAUGGACCCUCGAAGGGUCUUUUUUACUUUGCCCUAAGAAGAAAGCUCUCGAUGGAGAGGCGAUUGUCGAUAAGGAAACAUUUUUUUCUCAACUAUAAGCGUUAAAUGACAUUUUUGUAAAUUUUUUGCUCCCCUUCUCUUCGGGCAAUUGAAAUUUUGUCUUUUCUAAGUGGCUAUGAGAAAUUUGUCGAAAAAAUAAUGGAACGGAUGGAUCACACCGUUUUACGACGCCUUCUUUGCAUAGGAAGUUGGAUUUGGCCCUUUGUACACAACCGACGAUGUCUCGCACAGAAAGGCAUACACGCCAAUUUGCCGCACCUCGUCUUAAACUCUGGCAAUUACAGUAGACGGUUGUUGGACAGGUAGUCGCGGUAGAGCGAUUGUUCUUCCACGCUUUUGACGAUGCCGCCUCAGCUGACCCUCCUGAAUACAGUGGGCAGCCGUGUGCUGAGUCAAUUAACCAAUUACUCUGCUUCCUGAGAUUCGUCUAUGUCAUGCUUUUUUAAGAGGUCUUUCAUUUUAUUCAUUUUUUUAUGAACUGACUAAUCUCUCUAUUCUCAAGUUUUACGGAUUCACUUUUUCAAACAACUCAAUAUGGAACACCAACCUGAAUAGAUUUAAAUAGAAACAAAACGAUCAAAAAAAUCUUCUGAGUAAGCGUUUUGGGAAUGCUUUUCUAGGAAGUUUGUUGAAGUCUGGCCCCACUCAUAUGGAGUUUUUAUUUCGCUUUUGCUUUUAAAUUCCUUUUUUUUUUUAGUAGUAGGCUUGUUUUAAUAAUUUGCAUUUAUUAUGAUAAAAUUUUAGAUUUGAAAGAAGAUUUGUCAUUAGAAAUAUUUUUUUGUAUAAGAAGGGUGAAAAGAAUCAUUAAAAGUGUGUUAAAUCUUUUUUCAUGGUUUUAAUGAGCGCAAACCAUCUUCCAAAGUUUUCCCUUCCGGUUGCCAUUUUUUUUUCCGAUUUGUUCGCCAAUACUUUUUCGGUGCCUACCUUAUUCGGUUAACGGUCGCCUUCCGAGUGUUAUCUGCCCCAGCGGCAUCUCGCCUCUUUUGUUGCACAACCUCGAUUCGGCUCUCAGCGACUGUUCAUAAUUAAGUCGAUCCAAUUAUGUGCCGUCAAAACGAAAUCAGAAGGUCGUCCUUGACUUCCUAAAGCGAUGUCCUCGCGGUAUUCAUGUUAGUUUAACAACGUGUGAGGUCGUUUUGUUGCACUGUCGGACCCCGUAGCGACAGUUUCGAAUAGUUUUCAGACGGCUAGUUUACCUUUAAUUGGUUAAUCUUGCAUAUUUUACCGCUUUUUGCUUUUAUAGGUGGCCUCGACGACGUUUUGACGAUCAUUUGCUCUGACAUAUGGCAGAUCUUUCUUAAAAGUGUCGGUCGUUUAAGAUCUCGUUUUGUGUUCAAUUUUUUUAAACUUUUUCAAACUCUUUGUUUUGAUAUUUUUCCUCGUGGAAUCUAUGGGAGCUUUUUGCCAUUUUUUCAUCAAAACGGAUUUCUUUUGAUUCAACUUCAGCAUUCUCGCAUAUUUAUGGAAGUUUGAGAAAAAAACAUUAUUUUGGGACAAUUUAAAUAAAAUUAAAUUUCAUCUAGGUAAAGAGAAAAUCUUACAAGCAUGAGAGAGUUAUAUUUAUUCAAAAGUUUUUUGAAGCCCUAUUUUUUGUUUAUCCUUUUUCCAAGCAAUUUGAGAAUAGGCCGUGUUUGUGUUCCACUGGCUUUUCGAAACGUGUACAGCUUUGAUAUCCUGACGAGCUUAGACCUAUUGGAUAAGGAUUUCAACCGACAAACGUGCCACUUUUCACUGCUGGCGUUACGAAAUAAUCACUUUUGAAACGAUAAGUUGGAAUGACUUCUACUACACCUUGAAUGGAGUGUAGCUCGAAUCACCGAACAUUCAAGGUGUGAGGAAGGCGCGGAAGGAGGUGGCGGUGCUCGAGGCAACUGUGUUUAUGAGGCAUGAAGGCCUUUUUCCGCCUCGAUACUCAACGUUCGCACUUGCGCGUUCAUCGGUCUGACUUCUCGUUUUGAUUUGCAACCACUUUUGUAUAUGUCUUUUGUUAUGCAUUGAGUGACUUUAUCCAUUUUUAUAUCAUAAAAAAUCUCUGAGUUGAAACCACGCUUGUUUUUGGUAGAGUUGAGCUUAGCCGUGAAGCUUGAUAAUAUUUUUUUUUCAAGCCCAACAAACUCAAUAUAUUUCUGCUUAAGGUGCAGUUUUUUUUUACGUUUUUUGUAAGUAAUAUAACUGAAAAUUAGAAAAGAAUAAUUUUUGUGCGCUAUCAUCUGUUGCUAAUGCGAUAACGGCCGCGAACGAUUUAUGAUCAAAAGGUCGACUUCUUGCAGCAUAUGGCUCGGACCCAUUAUCCCAGACGCUGCCUUCCAUCUCGGUUGCUCUAACUCUUCUCACCUUUUUCCGUCCUUGGAAACGCUUUUCAUGCGAAGUUGGCCGUGUGCCUUUUUUUCCCAUCAUUUACGCCGGCCCAAAUCGUCUUCCUUCUCCGUUGGACUGCGCAGAUCGCGUGAAUUCGUCGUGGGAAGCCGCAGUUUCCAUUUCUUUUUUUUUCCCCACUUUGGUAAGCAGUGAGACGUCGUCGUUGCGUAAUACUCGCUCACACGAACGAGAAGUUUACUUUUGCCUUGGCCAGGUCACCAACACAGCACCUGCGUCCACAUACUUCUGAUUUGUCAGAACCGGCUCCAUCAAAAGUUUUUUUGCAAACUUCAUUCGACUUUAUGAUUACCAAAUUUUAGUUAUAUUUUUCUCCCUCUGCAGGCGAUUUCGAAUUUCGCGGAGCCACUUUGAACACCAAAUUCAAAUUUCAAUCACUGGUCAGGAAGAAAAAAUGCCAUUUAUUCUUGUUCUGUUCUUGCUUUUUGCUCAUGUUAAAUUGUAGGAAUUCAAUUGCGAAAAAAUGUUUAAUUUAAAAGAAGAUACUUUUUCAUUGGAAAUAAACGGCGCCAUUUUUGUUGCGUGGGCCUAAUCCAGCAGGCCAUCGUAAAUGCUCACCGCCCUUGGCCGGAUGGACAGGUCCUCCGUCUGCGCUUGGCUUACUUUUAUUUGCAUAUCCAAUGUGUUACCAGUGCCGUCGACAGAUCAUAUUUGCAAGUCUUCAGAUUUCAAAACAAUUUUCUUCUCUUAAGUUUUUAUAUCUAUUUAUUUUCCCUGUUUCUUAGGUUGUCUUGUGCUUUUGGACUUCUCUUCGUGAUCAUUUCAAAGUUAAAACUUCGAUCCUCUUAAAUUUCGUCAUGUUCGUAAGACGCAUCAGUAUAAUUAUUUCAACAAGGUUUUGCCUUGUUUCUUGUUUUCACCUUUUCUCCAUCAAAUAUUCUAGCAUCUCUUUUUUCAUUUUUCGCUCGAAAGAGUUUAUAUCAUGAAAUUUUCUUUGCUAUCCUUUUUCAAGUCAACGUGUUAGAUACUUUCGACGAGUGGAAAGAACCAUAGAUAUCCAAUUAAUCUAUAUUCUGCUCGGAUGAUGGUUUUAAAGACCUUUUUAGUAUAUAUUCUUUUUUUCUUGUUUUCCGUAAAAGUUUAGAAUGAGCUAACUGCUAAGUUCUUUAUGAAAUGAAGAAUUAAAAAAAAGUUUUCAGUUUGGCUUUUUUUUUUGAAUGUCAACGACCUCCUUUGAAUAUUCUCCUGUUCAAGCGUCACGCUCUUACAUGGCGUUAUAAGAAGAAAUUCAUACCGAGGGCUUCUGAUCUAGCACAGACCACCGAACUCGGCUGUCAAUCACGUCGUCUUCGAACUUCUCUGAAGGUAUUUUCUUGGCGAGACGGAGAUUGGAGUGUCUCCGGCCGAGAAGUGCAGCGGAUUUCGGCUUGCAACCCAAUAGUCAGACCACAUGUGUCCUUUCCGAGUUGGAUAUACGCGGAGGCGGGGCUUGGGGGUGCCAAAGAGUCGCCGGUCACUCGACUGUUUGUGUAUAUGAUUUGCUCGUUCUCGCACAUGUUGUUCUCCGCUUCUCCUUCUCUUCUUUUUUUUUUCUUUUCCAUCAACGUCAGUUUUGGCCUUUUUUUCCCCUUUUAACUGUGAGAAACUAAAAGAGUUGGUUUUUUUUUGCUUGUUAUUUUAAUGACUGAUUGAGUGACGAGAGCGAAUGAAAUUGGAGGAGAAAGGAGAUUUUUUUAUAUUACCGAGCAACCGUUUCGGGUCUUGAGAAAAAAAAAAACAAUGUUUUGAAUAUUCUAGCCUUUUUCAGUAGCGGAAAAAUGGUGAGUAUUUUUUUGUUUUUUUCGUCCGUAACUUUGUCUAUGCGCCUUUUUGUGUUUAUCAAAACCGCAAAAAAAUCAAAAAUCAUUCAGCAAAGCCAGUAAACCGGUAAAAAGACUUCCAAUUGAAACAAUUGAGUAAAACAGAUCUUUUUUUAAAAACAAAUUGAGUAAAACAGAUCUUUUUUUACUUCUUAUAUUUGCUUCUUCGAAUUUAAGUUCAAAAAAAUUUUUUUUUAAGGAAGUUAUGAAUUGAAAACCAAGAAAAAAAUUCUCACCAUUUCCAGCUACUGUACAUCCUAGACGCAAUGAUUGAAAUAUAGGAUGAAUAGUAGUGAACAGCGGUAGAAAAAAACCGAAAAAAAACGGAGAAAUAAUUUUAAAAGGAAUGUAAAGAACAUAAAGAUCAUCGAUUGGCAAAGGAGAGGAUAAGGACGAACGAUGUUCUGUAGUGAGAGGUAUAGCUAAAUAUAGCAGAGCCUAAUUUUAGUUUUUGAGAGGGGGAAUAGACAAUCUUAGGAUUUUUUUAAUCAUUGUUUAUUGAGAGAAAUUGCACCCCAAUUUUUUUAUGAUGUUCGAGUUUUGCAUAAGGUAUUGCGUCAAAUUGCGGAAGUUGCGACGAGAAAGAAGACAUCUGUUCGGAGAUUCAGUGUAAUGAACAAAAAGAUCUCCGAGCCUAACGGACAUCAUCUACUACAAGUUGUCUUCUCCUCUUUCAGUUACACUUUCUUCUUUGAAAAACACCGACCAGUUUUGCAUCAAUUCCGGGGUUUUUUUUCAGCUCUCUUUUCAAUUUUGAGUCAUUCAAAACUUUCCACUUUAUGAAUCCGACCUUGAUCAAAGAGGAGUGAGAGGCGCUGUUGUGAUGCGUCAGCGAUGGUCAUCAAGCUUUUUCGUACAACGCAAAGAACCUUCUUCUCGUGUCUCACACUGCUUUUCUAUCACCUUUACUAGUUCGGUAUUCAUCGCGACGUCGUGAUAUAUCAAAUAUGCUUGGCGGCUGUUGUGGACUCGUGUGAAUCGCAACAACGGGCGAGGAGGAGGGGGAAAAUUGGUUUCUAUCGAGUUGGAAUCCUACGAAAAAAGGCGAAGAAUAAACGAAGUUAUAUUGGGAUGCAGGACCCACGAGACGCUCAUCCGAGGCCCACAAAACACCUUUGUCACGGUGUCUGCGACCAGUUUAAUUGCGUCUCAUAACACAUCGAGGCUACAACUUUCGCGGCUUUCAGAAUUUCGCUGUUCCUCACUCAUUCUUUCUACAUCCUCCUUGUUCCAAUUCAUGAUCGAUUAAAUUUUUCAUCCAAACCGCUUUCUCUGUGUCAAAUUUUCUAUCGGCCAAAAAUUUAUUUUCGAAUUCGCUUAUUUUGUCAAUUACUAAAGGGUUGACGCAGGUCGAUGCCUCAAGUUUCAAUUAAAAUUUCGCUAAACUAUUGCUAACUUUAUAGACGCUGUUUUUCCUAAAACGUACACUUCAAGUGCACGUUGAGGUCGUCGAAAAUUUUCUUCCUUUUUCAUUAUCUUCUUUUUUGUCUCUAGGGAAUGCAUGAGGUAAAUUUAUUAGGUCGGAAACAAACAAAAAGAAAAAAAAGCUGUGCCACCUUCAAUCACUAGAUUUCAAAAAAAGUUCAAAUUGUCAAUUUAAACAAUAAGCUUUCAGUUUUAUCAUCGAGCUACGCUCUAUACAAAAAUUGCAAAGUUAAAGCAAUAAUUUUUAGAACAAAGUGAAAUGCAUUCAAAGUUUCUCAUAUAUCACCAAUCCAAUAGUUGUUUUCGGGGACUUUGAGUUGAAAUGGUCUAAAGUCACUUGGUGAUCAUACUUGGGUGAAGCUCAAUCAGUUCAUUUCGGGGCAGUUGGACGAUGACGAACGGCUGACAAACAAUGAUCAAUUAGGUGACGGUAUCGGAGCUGGAGCAUCUUCUCUGUUGCGCAACCAAUGUGUCUUCGGCCGAUGUUUUCCUUGAUAGCCCGUUCCCAUUACGUCUGCGUGUCCAUUUUCGCGCCAUACCCAUCAAUCGUAUAUAUUUUUUAUUUGUGUUUUAUGGGGCCAUGACAAUUUAUUAGCGGAUCCUACAUCUGUCCUUGAUUCGAAUUUCAAACUUGUGUUCUACAUAUAAAACUAGGUUUUCGCUUUUAUUUUCAGUUUUGCAAUUGCUAUUUUUUUCCAUAUAUAACUGGAAGAGGUUCUGUUAUUUUUCGGACUGUAAUUUCCCUUUCCAAAGACUUUCCAGUGCUCUGGGAAUGAGACUUUUAUCGCGUGAAAGCAGCUUGAAGUCUUUUUUGAAGCUGUCAAUUUUUUUCCGUUCUUUCGCUUGAGUUUGAGAGUUUUAUUCCUCAUAUCUCAGAUUAUUGUAGCUUUGCGUACCUAUUAAGUUUCAGAGAGAAACUUCGCCAGUCGGUCUGAGGGUGAAUCGAACAGUUCAGAGAUGCGCGGUCCGCCACCAGCGUGGCAGCCACCGCGACCCCCAGGCAAAGCACCAGACCACGACUACACCAACGACUACGAGGACCCCGAGGACAUGGCCAAACAAAGAGGUAUUUUAUUGCGGAGAACUUCUUCUUCACUCUGAGAGCAUAUUUCUCGAAGAAGUUGUUCAGUUUUUCAACACCUCUAAAGUAUCAACGUCGAAGAUACAUGGGUGUGUUAAAUAUUGCCGAUUCUUUCAAGAUAAGGCAACAAAACUAACGAACGGAUAGCUGAUACGAACUGGCUUAACUUUGAUCUAAAUUUUUAUUGCAUAUAAUAUUUUGAACAACUUUGUUCAAUCAUAAAGUUUCUCUAAAAUGUUUUCGAACCAAAAAAAAAAAAGACUUGGAUUGUUGAUAGUAAAUUUUUAUCAGCUAUGUUUCAAAUAUAAAUACGUGCUAGAAGAUCUACAACGGAGACUAAAUAGUAUGCAAAGACUUCUCCGGAAAGAAAGGAUCAAUUGUGAACAUGUGUGGUGUCGGCAAUCGCUGACACCGGCCGACCCAAUGAUUCACAAAAGCCACGCCGCGCUUUUGGCACUGCUGCUUUUGAUGAAUUCUUCUUUUCAUGGCCGCAAUCUGGGCCACACUUUUGCCGGCCAACUUUUUGCGGCCUUUGAAAUAUUCAUGAGUUCCUGUUGCAGAUUUAUCGCGUGAUUUGCUGCUGAAAACGACGUCUGCCUUCAACUCCUACGAAAUGUCCUUGUCACAACAGGUGCUCUUUAGGGAAAAUUAUAUUCAAUUUUGUGGUGUUAGAGGGAAAAGAAUAUUUCGACCUCCGCAUGCGAACAGAAACUACGAGAUUUGUCUGUGAAAGUUCGCAUUAGCAAUAAGAUAUGAUCAAAAAGAAAACUAAAUUCAAUGACAACAUUGAGAUCCCGAAUACAGGAUCUUAGUUUUCUCUAAUUUACACGCACUUUUCUUGCGAAUACUUUUUUUUUUAAAGAGACGAUCGGCUGAAGCUUCGUCGCGAGAACUGAUGGCGCCUCCGAUGGAGUCAUGGUCGGCUGAACCGGCGGUUCUACACAAAAACUCGGACGGCGCCUACUACAUCCCCAGCGGUUCUUGUGAGUUGUUUUUUUUAUGAGUCUUUGAUUGCAACUGAAGUGGUUUGUUCGUUGCGCAAUCUUCUCUUUUUUCGCGGCUUCUUUUGCCAUUCUACCACUACAAGUGUCAUUGAGAAUUUCCGAGUGGCUUUGUUUACCUUACUCGAAUGGCCGAUCCUUGUUUGGAAAGUCAGAAAAACUCCUGAAAAAAGCCGCUCAGCAUGCAAAAAUCUCCGUAUUUGGUCGGUUGGUCAGAUGAGAUUUGCAUAAAUUGGAAAUGUCCGACGUAAGGAAGAAGCAGCAGCAGUUGGGAGCGGUAUAUUAUGCUUAUUAAAGGAGCACACGAAUAACUAAUGGGUAGUAGUGGUCACUUAAUCGCCGCUGCAAGACGCUGGCGCGUUAAUAAGAUUAGCCUCGCAAGGCGGACAACUUCGGCGGCGGUUAUAACGCCUGAGGAGACUUGCAAAACAACGACGCGAAACGGAAAGGGCGGGGCGAUUGGAGACCUCUCAUGAGCUUCUGGCAGCUCACUUGACAUGGCGGAGGUGCUGCUGGACGACGUCUCCGAGGAAGAAGACCUCUACGACUCGCUGUCUAGUCCUUUGACACGCGGCCAGAGAGGCUUUUUUCGCGUUUCUGAAGCUCCAUAUGCGUUUCGCGCGAUCUCUCAGUAUUUACCGACAGAAGAGCGUACGAGGCUAGAUAUUUCGAGGCUCAUUUUGAUUUUGCAGUGCGAACCACGUCAUCCACCCUUUCGCCGACGUCUGUCACAACUGGAACGACGACGCGGUAUCACGAGCCGUCAGUUUUUCUUCAUUUAUUUUUUCUUUGGGUCGUAAAUGAAACAAAAUUCUCUAUUAAUGGCUGGUCCAAAAACAGAUAAAUCGUUGUAAAAAGAAACUUUUUUAUUUGAGCCGAGGCCGCUUCUGUUAACCAAACUUAGAAAUUGUAUGUUACUGGCAGAAUGGAGGUGGCCAAGUAGUUUUUGAACCGAUUUAUCCAAAAAAUGUAUUUCUAUGCUGGUUGUCCAUCUUUCAAUAACCUUUUACAUUUUUUUUAAAAACUUGUCCAAUUUCAGUGAGUUUAUAUCAAUGCUCGCAAAAUGAUGAGAAAGUCGUUCAAUUACCAUGUCUUUUUUUGGAAUUUUUGUAAUCGAAUUUUUUUAGUCUCAUCCCGUUUUUUUUUUUUAAAAAAGUACGAGAGAAUAUUUUUCAAGAUUCAAAUUUUGUUUUUUGGCUCUGAAUUUAAAAAAAGGAAAAAAGAAUUUACCUAUGACUACUUCAAAGUAAUUUCUACUCUUUGACUGUUUCCCCAGCGCACCGUCUGACCUAAUCCAAAGUGCAGCUGUUUUUGGAGGCUCACUUUGCGCCAGUCAGUCGCGGUCUUACCGAUGUGCAAACCAUUAAUUGACGUCGUUAACCGCUUAAGCCAGCCUCCUGGGCGAUGUGCCAAACUCGCGUUGCUUCCGUUCGUUCAGCUCAAUUAGACCACUUAUUCAGAAUUUUAAUCUGAGAACCGCGCGUCUAUUCCUUUUCUAAUAAUGUUUAUGGUGUACACCAGAAAUAUGUUUUAGCCUAUAAGAAUAUUCUACUUUUUGUCCGACGUUUCCAAGUUCAUUCAUAAAAAGUACCAAAAAAAAAGGAUAUUUUUCGUUCCUUUAAAAGGAUUCUUUUUUUGACUUCUGUCUGAUGUCUCAAUAUAUUCCAGGAAAAGGUGCGCACAACCUCAUGAAAAUUUAACAAAGGAAUCACCUAGACGGAUGGUAGGAAUUGGUGUGAACGUAUGGAUAUGGAUGUUUACCCAAUGCAUGGUCCCAAUGAAUGGGAAAUGAGCCAAUGAAGAUGAAGGCGUACAAAACUUUUCUUUUCUAAUUUCCUUGCAGCUGGAGCGCUGGCCUUAGAAGGGAAUAUAACAAGAGCAGUUCAGAAACCUCAUAACAGCUUCAGAAUAAAGUAUUCUCAAAUAUCUUUUUAGGUUGAACAUUAAUUUCAGAGAGAAACAUCUUUUUGGCUAUGUUUUGAAAUUUGAUUAGUCAAGAAACGGCUAAACGUGGAACGAAAUGACCCCAGUGGCAACGAAAAUUUUCAUUAGUCGGGGCUCGCAGAAAUACCCAACACCCUAUGUUCGAUCGUAAAAACUUGUCUUCUUUUCGUUUCGAUAGCCUUUUCGCAAAAUUCGUUCAUUUUUCUUUUACACGUAGUUUUUCUUCCUUUUUGAAUUCUUGAAACUCCGGAGCAAAAUUUUAAAUGUUUGCUUGGGUGCUUCGAAAGAGAAAAAUCGACUUAAAAAAUCGACAAAAAAAUUUUAUUUUCUUUUGAUUAAAUAGUUCAAUAGUUAUGAGCAUAAAAAAAAAUGAAGUUUCGUUUUGAAUGCCUUUAUUUCGACGCCUAAAAUUAGGGCGAAUCCUAUUUGGUCGGCCACAGAGAAUCAAUUAUUCCCUUUGACAACUGUAGCCAAAAGACUCCUUUAAGGCCUCACGCUUUGGGAGCUCCCUCCACGUUUUCUGAUGCUUCGGCGACGCUUCUCAAGUACCCCAACACAACCGUCUCCGUGACCCAAGCCAGAAGGUUUGCGGCUUUUUUUCGUUUUUGACUUAAUUUUUUCAGGAGACAAGUCAAAAUGCCGUCGGUUGAGAAGAAAGAUAAACCAGUCUACCGCAAAUUUUCACUUUGUUCAAUUUUACUCUGUAUCUCUUUGUUGUUAGCUCUUCUAGUCAUUUCAUUGUUAUUAUGUAAGUUCCUGUUUUUUUUUUCUGAUUAGAAUACUUUUUACAGUACGGGCGCCUUCAUACGUGUACACAGAGCCGUCUCCUUCAGCGGUCGGCGACUCGGUCAGCAGGUACCAAGAUCUGGGGCUCCGUGCACUUCCGUCGAUGAUCAGCCUUGGCGAGCAGAUCCAUGCCGACUUCCUCCCUAAACACAUGGCCAACACGUUGGUGUUACUCUUAAGUGCAACUGAAAGAUAUGGAUUUUUUAGAGAGCUGUUCAUCGCUCGUUCAGCUCGCGUUGCAUUCAACGUGACAGUUGGCAGCGGAGCUCAGUUAGUCCUUCUGACGCGAGCUGGAGCACCGCCCUCGUUGUCGCUGCACGACGAGCUUUUCUCUUUGCGGGCUGAUCGCAUGGGCGUCGAGCGAAAUCCCACACACCAAAUCGAAGAAAAACGUUCGAAACGAAGCGUUUCUGCUCCCUUGCCACACUAUCAAAUACUCGUAAGUUCGUUUCGCAGUUUGAGAUGACUUCUUCGGUUGCAGUCUCCACGUUCUGGAACUUUCGAGCAGUUUAUGCUAGAAGGUCGUCAUUUCCUGAUGUUCAUCAACGAACGCAAUCGAGUCGAACCGCUUGCCUUCGUCGCAGCUGUCACUACUCCUUCCCCCUCAUCAAGGCAGCAUAAAUCCGGCGAAGGAACCGCGGCAACGACAACCGCCUGCGAAUCCAACUGCAAUAAUCGUGGCGAAUGCGUCGACGGCAAGUGCAAGUGUGUCGGUGGUUACACGGGCGACGCUUGCGAGGAGGGUUUUCGCAACCUUUCUUAUAUUGUGCAUCGGAAAGUUCAGCGAUAUGUCCUGUCGUGUGCAGCGGCAACGGAGUCUUCUCAGGCGGCGUCUGUGUCUGCAGGGCCGGCUUCAAAGGCAAAGAGUGCGACGUGAGGUCCAACUGGUGUGAAGUGCCGGACUGCAACGGUCGCGGCGUGUGUGGCGACGAGGGAAAGUGUCGCUGCGAAUUCGGAUGGACUGGAGAUUCCUGUGAAAAAGUUCGCCUCUUUUCAGAGCGUUUCAUGGAAAAAAAAAGAUCUUUUAUUUUUGGGCAUUGUUGUUGUUCUUCUUUCUUUGUCAAUUUUUGUUUUUGAACUUUUCUCUCACUCUUUCUCAAGGAAAUUAUCACGCCUUUGUUCAGUUGCUAAUGAUUUAAUUUAAUUUUCUUUUUUUUAGAGCAGGAUGUUUUUUUCUGUUUCGGAAGCAUUGAUUUAAAAAAAAAUAGGAGGUUUCACAGAAUAUUUAUCUUGUAAAUUGAAGGGUUAUAGGCAAUAUUUAUCUUGUAAAUUGAAGGGUUAUAGUCAAUUUUUUACGACUUGAAAGGCGAGAUGGGUCAAUUGGAAAAGGUGAAGCGACGCGGCUUGACAUUCGAGGUCAAACGCAUGGUAAUGAAGAAAAAAUUACGCUCUUUAUUAUUUUUAUACUGAACUUUUCAAAACCACAAAAAAUUGCAAUUCAUUGAAGCAUUUUUCAAAGGGAGAGAAAAAUAAGGGCUCCCCGCCAAAAGCCGCGCAACGCUUCACCUUUGCCAAUCUGGUCAUCUCGCCUUUCAAUUCGGGAAGGAUUGACUAUAAAUGUAUCUUUUUCUUCUAUGCUGCGACUUUUCACGUUCAAACUCUUCUAGAAAGCCUGCACACAUCCGACAUGCAACGAUCGCGGCGUUUGUGUGAACGGAACUUGUUAUUGUCUGGAUGGUUGGCAGGGCGUCGAUUGUCAUACGGUAGUUGAUUUUGUGUGUGUGUCUUCGAACUGAGAAUGCUCUCUGCAGUUCGUAGACGUCACAGUCAGGAAAGAAGCGUCAGAAACGACAGAAGCUCCUCGAAAAGCGCAGUCUGAGAAUGCUGUCAAGAAAUCCAACAAACCGGAAGCCGCUGCUUUCGACAGCACUAGAAAAAAAGAAGAUCCGCCAGUAAAGACACCUUUCUCGAGUUCUACUUUCAAUGAAUCGGUACAGGUUCGUUUUUCCAUUUAUUUCCUCUUUAAUUGUCAGUUUCAAGCUAUCGAUUGAAAAAGAUUGUGUGGACGAAGACUGCGUAUGCGACUCUUUUGAAAAGUGUAGCGCAGGUUUCUUUUUUUUUUGCGAAAGUUUUUUAGAGAUAAUUUCUUCAGUUGUUUGCUCCGGCUGCGCAAAUGGCCACUGCGACGAGGCUGGAGUCUGUUACUGCUGGAAAGGCUGGACCGGAACAGCUUGCGACGUGGAGAUGUGCUCCGUCGGAUGUUCGGACCAUGGGAAAUGUCGCGACGAUGGGACUUGCGAGUGCGACAAAGGCUGGAACGGCGACAACUGCUUCGAGCAGGGCUGUCCCAACGACUGCUCUCAACGCGGCGAAUGCACGAGAAAGAUCGGCGAGCGCUGGUCCUGCGACUGCCAAGUCGGAAGACGCGGCGACGACUGCGCCAUCCCCGUUGAGCUUCAUUGCGACGAUGGCCUCGAUAAUGACAACGGUAAAUGCUGAAAAAGAAAAAAAAUUUCUACUAAAUAUAGAUAUCAGUUCAAAAUAGGGUAAAAAGUUGAGAGUACUGACCAGAAGGUCGUGUAGGUUUCAUAUGACCUUUGCCAAUUUUGAAUUUUUUUCUCUAUCUCAAUUAGUAUCAGUUAAAAAAAUUUUUUUUGAAACGUAGAUUCAAAAAAAUCAGUAGUAAAAAUAUUAUUUACAAUCGUUAAGAAUAAUUGGUAAAUUGAAUCUAGCAAGUAAUUUAAUUACCGAUGUAAUUUAAAAAUUAUCUUUGAGCUGGCUCAAUUUUUUAGUUGAGAUAACAGUCCAAUUGAAGUAGUGGAUAUACCGCAAAAAGUCUUUGGAAAUAAAUCGGAAAAAAAAGUUGCGAUGAAUUUUGGAAACCUAAACUGUCAAAUGUUAUUCCAUAAUAUUGACAUGUGUGUCUGAAGAGCCGAGGUGAUUUGAAAAAAAAACGUAGUCAAUUUUCUUUCAAGUUUUUCUUUAAAAGUGAAUGAAUCAGACGGAUUCGUUGACUGCGACGACCCCGAGUGCUGCGAAUCGGAAUCUUGCGCGACUGAAAGCGUGUGUUCAACGUCGCCGUCGCCGUCGGAAGUCCUUCUCCGGAUGCCCCCAGUUCUGAACGCACAUUUCGACCAAGUUUCCUUAAUUCCUUUUCUAUUCAACAUUUUUCUUUCAGCGAAUCAACUUUUUGAUCAAAGAAAAGUCGGUGCAAGUUUACACAGACCCUAACCAGUUUAACGAAACGUAAGCCAAGAAAAUAAUUUUGUAUGGAAAUGAGGAAAAUUUUGCUCAGAUUGGUUUCUGUUGUGCGAGGCCGAGUGAUGUGGAAUGGCGGCAGCGACAAGGAAACCAAAUCGAAAGUGCCGCUGGCCGGCGUCCGAGUGAGUCAUUUUCAGAAGGGAAAUCAGAACGAUUUUUUAAUUUGAAGAUGGAAUUGAAAUAAAUGAUUUUUCUCGUUAGAACCAGAUUUUUGAUUCAUUUUUUAGAACCAUAAUUUUUUCAGGAUUCGCUUUUACAAUUCUAUCUUUGUCUUUGAAACUCUUUCUGCGCAUAUUUGAAGUGUUUGAGUUAUUUUAUGUGCAACGGAUGGUAAUUUGAGGUAUGGGACGCUUCUCAUCCGCUGUACGGGUUCACUUUGACGCGCUCAGACGGCUACUUCGACCUCGUCGUCAACGGCGGAAGGUCGAUCGGCUUGCAAUUUCUGCGCACUCCUUUCCACGUAUCCCACGAACCCACCACCUUUUCAACCUCCAUUUUUUUUCAGAGUGUCAAGAAGAAUGUUUAUGUCUCUACACAUGUUAUCUCACACAUCGACGAUGUCGUGAUCGGCCGAGAAAAGGUUUCUGAAACCCCAAAUGAGACCUAAAUUCUGAUUCCAGACGCAGACCGCAGAACUUCCGCCACGAGCAAAGUGUACUCCUGCGACUAGGCAAAUCGGCGACGUGGUGAUGAAGUCCUCGUGGCAAUGUGCCAGCGAUGGAGUUGUAGUGAGAACUGGAGACGAAUGGAUCGGCUCGAGACUUGUCGUCGACACACGCAGCAUCGUCGAGCAGUUGAGAGACACUUUCUGACUUCAACCGCUUCUUUUCUUCCAGAAUCCCGAUCCCUGGUUCGUCGUUGAACUUGGUCUACGACUCCUCUAGGGUCCCGGCCACGAACUCGACGUUGAUCAUCGGAAUCCUUGGAGUCGAUAUCGACGUAGAGCUUCGUCUCGUUCAUCUUAUCAUCGACGUAGCUGGUCGUCACUUCGAGUUCAAGUGCGUUUUUGGAAAGAUGUUCGAGGAGUGAAUGGAUGUUCAGACUAGCACCGAAAGUCAAUCUGACGCACGUCUUCGCUUGGGAUCGCAUGAAUGCUUACCGGCAAAGCGAACACGGCGUCACGUCUGUUUUCGGUCAGAAAUAUCUCAAAUCAAAGUUUUUUUAUGACUCUAAAAAUGAGAGAGGGAAAUUCGAUGAAGCGAAAAAAAAAGCUUGAGCAAAGGAACUAACUAGGGAAAGUUUUUGACCCCCCGUUUGAAAUUUUGAGGAAACUUCGGUGAAAUUUACUUUAGGGCCUCCUGAUUGCAGAGCAAAACUUCUCGCAAUAGAUUUUGUUUUCGAAAUAUGGAGCUUCAAAGUCCGCAAAACACACGAAUUAUGACAAACGCUUUCAAGCUUUUGAAGCGUCCAAACUCUUUUUUUUUCAUUUUCUGCAUGCAGGAGGUCCUAAGUACAACUCCGCGAAGUUUCAUGAAAUUUUCAACCGGGGUUUAAAAACGUUCCCUUGUAGGUCAUUAAACUUCGGGACAAGCUACGCCAGUCUUUUCAUUUAUUCAAAUUUUCUUUUUGCUUUUUUUCGAUAGUUAGUUGUUACAAGUUUCAGAGAAAUUGACUCAACUCUAGAUCUAUCUAAAAUCGUUUUUGUCUUUUAUGCUUUUUAUGCGAUCAUUCAUAUUUUCCAGAACUUGGACCCAUGCAAAGAUCUUCCAAACUAUUUUCAGUCCGCAUUGGCUUCGAAUAUCGGGGAUGCAGUCGUGAAAGUGAAAUCGUGUGGAUUUCUCGCAGAACAGAAAUGAUGGGUGCUACUAGCCGCAAAAUGGAAGGAACUUCUUGGACAAUCGACGUUCAUCACUUUUUCGAUGUAGUCAACCGUAAGCAGAUUUCUUUGAACGGUACUUCAAUUUUUGAGACGUCUUUCAGAUAUCGUCGAGCUGGGGAACGGAGGUGUCAGAAUGUUGGAGAACGACGAGCAACGAGUAGAGACGGCGCUUGGACAAGAUGAGGUGAAAAGAGACAUCGACUGUGGGGAAAAAUGUGGAGGAUCUGCCGAGAAGGUUCUCAUCAUUUCAAAGACCUCUUGCAAGUCUUUGUUGAAGGUUUCCUUGUUCCGACCAACGGCCCUCGCAUUCGCCCUCGACGGCUCUUUGAUUGUUGGAGACCACAAUCUCAUCCGCCGUGUCGCUCCCGACGGAACCGUAAACACGAUUCUCACUCUGGGGUCCAUCCCUCUUUUCAACAAUACUUCAUGUCUAUGUUUCUACAGACUCGCAGACACGUCGCAUUCCUACUAUAUCGCUGUGAAUCCGGUCGAUGGAACUGUGGCGAUUUCGUUGCCUCUUCAUAAGCAAGUUCUGAAGAUUGUCAGCCUGACUCCGAGCGACCCAAGGAACAACGAAGAAGUCAGGGAGCAAACCUUGUUCUAAUUAUCAGUUCUGCUCAUCACUUACGAACUACACGGCUUCAAUUUCGAAUCAAUGAAAUCAAUUGAAAUGAAAUGUUCUCCAUGAACAGGGUUUUCAGGUGAUUGCGGGAGACGGAACGACUUGCGCCUCUGCGGUCGACUCGUGUGGAGACGGAGGACUUGCUCUCAACGCCCAGUUGAUCUUCAACAAAGGGGUUUCCUACGACAGAGAUGGCACUCUAUACUGUACGUCCUCCAGUAGAAUUCAUUGAAGGAGAACUUUUUUUUUGAAGUGGCCGACAGUCGCCGGAUCAGAAUCGUCGACGUCAGCGGUCACAUCAGAAGUAUCGGCGACGCUUCGCCCGACUCUAAUCCAGGAUGUCAUUUCUACAUGCGGCUCGCUAAUCUUCAGGUUGGGACUCACUUCUGUUUCUUAAAAACGAUCGGCCAAAAAAAAAUCAGAUCUGACGGAAACGCGCAACAUUCAAUUUUCCACAGGAAAAACUUUUUUGAUUGCGGUGCAUUUUUUUUCCAUUUUUUCUUGCGACAUAUUUAAAGAUUGCUUUGAAAAGCGGGAAUUGAACAGUUUUUAGUUGACUUUUGACAAAACGACUUUGCUCGAGAAGUACACACUUUUUUUUCAUCUCAAAUUAACUUCUAGGCUUGCGAAAAGACUCAGAUGGAGAUAGAUUCUCAAAAAUGCAAUAUUCCAUGCCUUUUCAUUCGAAGCUUGAGUUCAGUUGGAAUGGCCUACAUCUGUUUCUGUCGACCCCUCUUCCAACACCAUCUACGUCCUCGAUUCCAACAUCGUCUACGAAAUCGAGCCUGCUCACGACAUCGCUCGCAUUGUCCUCGGAUCUCCCACCUCGUGCACCAACUCUUCUAGCCAGAUUCCGCUGCGUCACGCCCGCGACAUCGCUGUCGCACCUGACGGCUCUCUCUACAUUGUCGAAUCGGAUGCCAAGCGUAUCAACCAGGUGAAUAUUAGGGAUGCGUAAUUGUAAUACCUUUCAAAAAAAGGCUUCGCAACUAUUUGAAUAUGUGAGAAAAGUGCGAAAUUAUUUGCUUUUUGUUUUUAAAAAGUCGACUAUUCUCUCGUGGACUUUUUUUUUGCAGCUGCGUCGUUUGUCGCCAGAUCGAGCUGCGAUCUCUUUGGUAGCCGGCGGCGUUUCUCCGUGCUCUUGCGACGUGCCGACGUGCGGCUGCGACGACUCGAACAGUCUUCUUGCGGUCGCUGCUCGCAACGCCCAUCUCAACUCGCCUUCUUCAGUCGCUAUCAACGCCGCAGGCGUCGUUUUUCUCGCAGAUUCAGCCAAUGGGAAGGUGAAACGCGUUUUUGUUCGAGGAGCUCGCUACGACCCCCAUUCGCGAACCUACAAAGUCACAGCUGGAGAGAAAAACGAGGUUUUUUUUUUAUUUCGUUAAAGAUGAAUUUCACAUCAAUAUUUGCGCAAAACUAUCAAAAAAAGUUUGACCACAUAAAUUUUUAUCAAAAAAAAUACAUUUUUUAUCACCACAGUGUGAACUAGCGGUACAUUAAUAUACUACAAAAAGUUUUUUUUUGCUUAAAAAACGGUUUUGGCAGACGGUAAAUAUACAUUACUAUAGAUAGAAAAAGUCAAAUAGAUAUCAAGGCUAAAGUUAAUGACUUUUUCAUGAUACGAAAUUCAAAUUUUUUUAAUAAAAAUGAACUUCUCUAUUUUCGCUUCGUGUGAGAAGUAGCUUUCAUUCCACAAAUAUCCCAAUUCAGUUAAGAGUUUUUCAUAAAUACCGAAAAACUGGAAAUUAACUCUUCUCAAUAGAAUAAAUAUUUUGUUUUCACUGCAUAUAGUAAUUAAUGUUGCUAAAAUAAUACAAAAAAAGUGCAGUAGAAUAACUAGCAACAGGAAAUAGUCCACUCGAACGAGUAGACUCUGACCCGAGGCAAGACAAGAAUCAGAGCGAUCGGGGAGGAAUUGAGCUCAAAAAGGCGGAGUUUGGGAGAACAUGUUUGACUCGUAGAGAAUCAGCAGAGACGUUAAAAUCUGCUCUAGAAGUUAACCUAUUCCAUAAGGGAAUAGUUUUGGAAAACAAGUCUUUAUUAAAAUGACCGGAAGUGCGAAGUGUAAACGUAGAAAAGAGGUUUUCCCUUUUGCGUUUCUGGAAAAAAAAGUUUUCAGUUUUUUAUAUUAUUGAAAAGUUUUUGUAUCUAAUUUCAAAAGAAGUCAAACUACAUACACGAUUCUCGAAACUAAUCAACUUUCUGAUAUUUGCUACCUAUCAUUUUCAUCUCUUGCAACAUUGAAACCAACUCAAAGAUAGACGCGCUGUUUGCAAAUGCGUCGUGGACUACUGUCCCUUUUAAAUAAAUGAUCAUUGUCGUUUAGAUCUUCCCCUGAAAUUUUCUCUUUGAAGGCCUAUAUCUUCAACCGACAUGGUCUGCACUUGUCGACAGUGUCGCUCCUAUCCGGAAAAAGCGUUUUGAACUUCACCUACAACAUCGACUCGAGCCUCGGCAAGCUCGUAUCAAUCCAGGGCUCCGGAGGCCUCUCUCUGCGUCUCCUCAGAGACAACGACACUCACGUCAACAUCGAGGCUCCGAACGGCGAAAGUUUGAGACUUUUCAUGAGUGCGUAUGACGGAUUGCUGGAGACCGUGCAGCAUGGAGUGAAAGGUGAGCGCUCUUCCCGAGGAUCUGCUCUUGGAUGCCGAGAUUCAGACUCGAUCAGCCUGAACUACCAAGGUCGCGGUCUUUUGCACUCGCGCGUCGAUACUGAGAAGGCCGUAGUGUUUGGUUACGACGACUUCGGCAGGGCGCGGUCGUUGAGACGCGACGGCGAAAACUGGGAACUUGCGGAGGAGAAGGCCUGACGAUUCUUGGUUCUGGACUUGAUGUAUAAAUUUUACAGAUAAUACAGGGAAGGAUAAGUACCCAGGUUCGCUUGAACGGUGUGCCUUUUGCGGAUGUGAAAAAUUCGUGA